ACAAACGUUCGAGMAAUUUGAUUGGUCGACGCAACCGAUCUAAUUACACAUGCACAACUAGCAGUCUACCACCACACUACACUGGAAUGACCGGAAAAUAAUGGCGCUUCGUAAAGUUAAUGUAACAAUUCCUGUCGAAGAUCGUGAAAUUGAUGGAGUUAUAAACGCACCUUGUCGUAGCUCGUGGUCCGGAACUGCUGUUGUGCUUACACAUGGYGCAGGAGGAGAUAUGAAUUUCCAUCAUUUGGAGAAAAUUGCUUCCCGCUUGGCUCAGACAGGAAUUCUGUGCUUGAGGUUUACUUGUAGGACACCAAAUUUUAAAUACAGAGUUCGAUGCUUUGAGAGAGCUGUGAUGUUUUUACACGAGUACAGUGACUUUAGCAUACAAAAGUGUAUUAUUGCAGGACGUUCAAUGGGAGCAAGAGUUGCAGCAGAGUUAGCAACUAUAAGCAGUCUUACAAAUCAGUUUAUCUUUGGUGUUGCAUGUCUUUCAUAUCCUCUUCACCCACAAAGAAGGACCCAUGAACUACGCAUGUCGUCAAUCAUUCAUCUCGGAGUCCCUGUGCUUUUUGUCAGUGGUACGAAGGACACAUUUUGUCGUAGGGACUUGAUGGAAAAUGUGCUGGAAAAGAUGGGAGUUAACUGGACAAUGCAUUGGGUUGAUAAUGCUGAUCACUCCCUGAACAUUAAYGGAAAACCCAAUGAUGAAGUCAUAGAYUUGAUGUGUGACUGGGUUGUUAAGUGGUGUCAAUCAGUUUUUAUGGCCGAACGGUAGUCAUAGAUGGUAAAAUGAUGACAGCAGGCUGUAGUCAUGGUUACUGUUAUGAGGRAUUGCCAUGGUUACUACUAUUAAGAAAUUGCAAUUGUUCCUGCUGGAUGUUACAGAAGGUUGUCAUGGUGAUUAGUGUUACCAUUGAGUUGUCAUGGCAACAUUUCUACAAAGACUUUCAAAGAGGCACUAUACAGUUGGCUGUCAAAGAGCUUUAUCAUGGUUACUGCAAAAAGCUUAAUUUAUACUUUGUUCCACAAAAUAUUUGACUGUCCAGUGAGUCAGUGUUGGUUUUUGGUCAAUAUCAAUAAUAUUGUGAUUUCAGAGUUAAAUAAUAAUUUAUUAAUACAAUAUUAUUAAUUAAUGAGUAUUUCAAAUUAAAAACAACAAAAUACAAGUUUGAUUCAAGAGGCAUAUAAUUAAAUUGAUAUAAAUUAUG